GAGAAAGGCUGUGCUUCUCUGGUCUCAGCUCUGAAUUCAAACCCCUCACACCUGAGAGAGCUGGAUCUGAGUAACAAUGACCUGAAGGAUUCAGGAGUGAAGCUGCUCUCUGCUGGACUGGGGAAUCCCCACUGUAAACUGGAGACUCUGAGGCUGUCAGGCUGUCUAGUCACAGAGGAAGGCUGUGCUUCUCUGGUCUCAGCUCUGAGGUCAAACCCCUCACACCUGAGAGAGCUGGACCUGAGCUACAAUCACCCAGGAGACUCAGGAGUCAGACUGCUCUCUGCUGGACUGGAGGAUCCACACUGCAGACUGGAGAAACUCAAUGUGGAACAUGGUGGAGAGAACAGAAUGAAACCUGGGCUUAGAAAAUAUGUCUGUGAUCUCACACUGGACCUAAACACAGUAAACAGACUCCUCUCUCUGUCUGAGGAGAACAGAAAGGUGACAUGUAGGAGAGAGGAGCAGCCGUAUCCUGAUCACCCAGAGAGAUUUGAGGUCUGUGGACAGGUGCUGUGUAGAGAGGGUCUGACUGGGCGCUGUUACUGGGAGAUAGAGUGGAGUGGGUACAGGGCUGAUAUAGGAGUGACAUAUAAAGGAAUCAGCAGGAGAGGAGGGUUUAUUAACUGUUGUCUUGGAUUAAAUGACAAGUCCUGGAGUCUGUUCUGCGAUGACAACAGUUACAUUGCCAGGCACAAUAAUAAUCCCACUACCAUAGACGUCCCCUCCUCCAGCUCCCACAGAGUAGGAGUGUAUCUGGACUGGCCAGCCGGCACUCUGUCCUUCUAUAGAGCCUCCUCUGACACACUGACCCACCUGUACACAUUCACCUCCACAUUCACUGAGCCCCUCUAUCCAGGGUUUGGGGAGGUUGGUGGGACCUUAAUUGGUGAGGACAGGAUUGUAAUGGCUGGAGGGGAAUAG